ACGCUUUUCGUUUAGCGCCCCGUCUGAUACUUGGGCCGAUUUCAAGCUUUGACUUGGUCUUCAAUAAAUUUUUCAUCCUUCGACCUCUUUUCAUGUACUAACAGUAAUAGCACGUUUACGUGACGCUCGAAUUACCCCCGAGCAUGGCCUUGGGUAGCGAUGCCCAGCCCGCACAAACUAAUGGGGCCCUUUUCUCGGACGGGAUCCCGUCUCUCUCGUCUGGGGUCCACUCAAACAACCAGCACAUCAACUUACGCCCCUACCGCAACUUGCCGUUCUUAAGCGUGAGGACCCAGCAGCAGGGACAACAUCACCCGCACAAUGCCCACUCCCAGGAUCACCAGACCCAGGUAGAGAAUGUUCAGCCUCCAAGACCAAAGAAGCAGCGCACGACAAAGUACUCCAACAUCACCCACAACUUCAACGCCUUGGAUCCGUCCUACCCGUUGCAGAUCAGUGGCUUGGUGCACUCUGCAGAUGCGGCCGCGCUGGACCCGUUGGUCAAGAUCAACCACCGGACCUUCAGCGCCAAGUGGGAGACGCUUGUUGGUACGGAGUUGAUUGUGGAGGAUGACGGUGAGGUCGUAGGGAGGGUACACCAGCACUUGAGGCUUGUUCCCGGAGAAUUGAAAGCGAAGGAGGAAUCCGAAAGCGCUGAAAAAGACAAGGAGGAUCGGGAGGAAGGUACGAAUAACUUGCUAGCCCGGGCGUUGAAAUUGGCCCUGGAGGUGGAGGCAAGGGAGCCAGUGGAGGGUGGGGAAGCCGGCAACAAUAGCUGAGUCUGAUAGAUCAAUCUCUUGCUAUGAUCUUAUUUCCGUUGUGUAAACGCUUUGAUACGUCCUGUACUAGGAUAAUUUAAGUCGGAUAGGUGUUUAUCCGCUCCGAAAUACCUUCAAUUGUCUCAAUGUCCUAUAGAAUGACUAAGGUUUUAAUAAACCCCUACGGGGGGGGGGGGGGGGGUACUGGCAGCGCGGAAAACGAACAAAUUUUUAGAAUAUUCGGAGAUGCCGUAUUAAAUAAAUAUACAACUUUAAUAGCAGAUGCCAAAAUAUUCUUACCUUAGAUCACAGCGGAACCAAUAGGCGGCAUAUCUCGUACCUACUUUCGCACGGCUUUCGGCAUUCUUUCGGCAUUCUUCC